GCACCGCCCCGACCCGCCCCCGCCGCGCCCGCCAUGGCGCUGCGCUUCUCCGCCAACCUCUCGUGGCUCUUCCCGGAGCUCCCGGCGCUGCCGGCGCGGCUGGAAGCGGCGGCGGCCGCGGGGUUCGGAGCGGUGGAGGCGGCUUGGCCGGCGGGCUGCCCGGCGCAGGAGCUGCGGGCCGCGGCGGAGCGGGCGCGGGUGCGGAUCGCGCUCCUCAACACCCCCCCCGGGGACCCGGAGGCGGGCGAGCUGGGGCUGGCGGCCGUGCCCGGGCGGCAGGCGGCGUUCCGGCAGGGCCUGGAGGCGGCCGUGCGCUACGCCAGGGCUGUGGGCUGCCCCAGGAUUCAUGUGAUGGCUGGGCGGGUUCCCCUGGGCACAGACCGGGCUGCAGUGGCAGGUGAGAUGGAAACCACCUUCAUUGAGAAUCUCAGAUACGCUGCUGACCUCCUGUCCCAGGAAGACAUGACUGGACUGUUGGAGCCUAUCAACAACCGUAUCACUGACCCUCGCUACUAUCUGAACACCCCACACCAAGCUGCUGCCAUCCUGGAGAAAGUGGGACGGCCCAACCUGAAGCUGCAGCUGGACCUUUUUCACUGCCAGAUCAUGGAUGGCAAUUUGUCACAGAACCUGGAGACCUACUUCCCGCUCAUCGGUCACAUCCAGAUUGCACAGGUACCAGGGCGGCACGAGCCCGAUAGCCCUGGGGAGUUGAACUUCCCCUACAUCUUCGAGCUCGUGGAGUCCCUUGGCUACACUGGCUACGUGGGCUGCGAGUAUGCUCCCAAGGGAGACACUCUGGAAGGUCUAGGCUGGCUGAGGUCCUACUGGGAAAGCCGAGGGCUGCAGCAUGGUGGGACCAGCAAGGCAGCCAAGUAAAACUAGAAAACUAUGAGAAUAAAAGACAAAACAAUGGCUUAA